UGUUCAUAUUCAAGUUACAGGUGUACCCAAGUACUGUGCUCCCCUCUCCAGAUAGAAGGGAUGGGUGGCAGGCAAGAGUGCUGCAAGAAGGAUCUGCAAUAUAUAGGCCGGAUCCCUCUACUCUCUAUAGAGGCAGGAUCCGAGAACUUGCAAAACCAAAGCCAAAAGUAGCUUGGGAGAACUACUGUAGUAGGCUAGACUGGGGAAACCAGGAGACAAUCUGGCCCCUCUCCUUGAGUGCUUUGGCUACUCGUCCAUCUCCAAGACUUACAGCUCUGGCCAAACCCAAGAAGAAUUUUGAUGGAAAACUCCAGCGCAGGCCCCUUUUCCUGUACAGCUGUGGUCGGGAAUCAGAGAUAUGGGAGCGCCCACCCCUAAUGAAUCUUGGGUUUCCAUCUGAUCGGAUACUGAAGUUAGCAGAACCUAAAAAAUUUCAGCUGGCUUACCUGCAGAAAAGGGCUCGCAAUUCCCCAGAGUGGCCUGUGACGCCAGCUGCGCUCACCUGUGAGGCUUCCCAGAGGGUGCUAGACCUUGCACAUCCAAAAUCCAUGCAUCCAGACUUCAUUCAAGCCAGAGAGGCUGAAACACAUGUUACAGACACUGCGAAGACAGCUAGAGUGUCCCAAAGAAUAAAGCACCUUGCACAGCCUCAGGUUCGGAAGGACUCAUGGUGCUAUGAUCGGGGCCAUCCUGAAGCUCUCAUCUGGCCGGUGUCCAAGUCUGCUCAGCAAGCCACGGCCAGCUCUAGAACAUCAGAACUGGCAAAAGAGAAACAGGUGUCUCCCAAGUAUCUGCCAGUCCGGGAUGCUGAAUGGCCAGUGUCAAAAGCAGCUAAGCACACCGCUGCGACUCCUAGGACUGUGGGGCUGUCGAAGCCUUCCAAGAGGCCCCCUAUGAAUAUUGCUCAGUUCAAUCCAGAUGCGUUUACAGUAAAGGAGUCUGCCAAGAAGGCAUUUUGUUCCAGUCGAAUUCUAGAGCUCGCCCGCCCCAUUGGGCGCUGAACCUUUGGACUCCACAUGGCACUACCCUUCCUUAACACCUAAGAGACUUGUGGCUUUCCCACAAGUUGGUCCCUUCCCCAGUGUGUUUGAUUAUAGGCUGUAGGUAGAAUGUAGACUUGGCAGGAGGGUAUGUGAACAAGAACGAGGGAAAACUCCUCUAGCAGCUCAACUGCUGCUUUUAAAUCCUUCCCCAAUCCUCAAUAAAACUGUGUGCAAAAUAAGAUCAGAGUAACUUUUUUGCAUUAUUAGGGCUGUGGUAAGUUCCUCUAUAGGGAGCAUCUUUUCUUCUUGCACCUGCUGAGCAAUGUUUCUGGAUCUACCUGCCUCAUUGUCACUUCAUUCACUACUUUCACGACUUCAUUCAGUUUAGUUAUUUUGUACAUUGGUGUAUUCAAACAGACAUUUUUCAAAUGAGUUUCCAGGUAAAUCAGAUUUGCUGCAGGGUGUCUAAGAAUAAGAGGGCUUUAAAUGUGUGGGUGGCGGUGGGAAGCAGGACUUGAGUAGUGUGCACAGUAGCUCUGCUCCUGUACUUUGCAACGCAAUGUGUGCAUCUACAUGUGUGGUGGACUGCGUAGUUGUUACUGUGCCAUCAUUUAGUAUUUGUUGAAGCAAGUACUAAAUAACUGCAUAGUAACCGGUGUUACUGUGCUGUCCUGUUGCUGCAUGGUUACUUUUAGCUGCUACUGUGCAGUAACGUUGGCAUCAAAGUUCAUGCCCGGCAAUGCUACGUCACCGUACCAAUGAGCUACAAUUCAGUAGCUCGUUGCUACAGGAAUGUAGCAUCUUGUGUAGACACCCCCUCUGUGGUAAUGUGAAAAGCAUCCCAGAUCUGUAAUGACCAACUCAGUCUCCCAUGAAAGGGAUGGUAUUCAGUAUACUGUAAGCGAAUAAAUAUCCAGCACUCAUGCUGGCAGCCAGUCUGCAUCCUUUCUGAGAUGGGGAAGGAAUGGCUUUGUCUGCCAGUGGGGAAUAGCUGGGAUUCCACUGCCGCGUGCCCCAGAGGAAGGUUUAUGUUGCAGUGAGGCCUUCAGCUUUGUCAUAGCAUUAAGUCUCCAUUCUUGUGGCUGACAUCUGAAAGCUUACACAGGCUCUUGCCAUAGUGCCAGGUUAACACAAUGUGCAUGAGCCUUUAUGAGUGUCAUCAGCUUAAUUGACACAUCUCAGCCGGGAUUGGACUCAGCUAAACAAAAGAGAUAGCAGCAAGGUCAUACACAAUUGCUUUCCAUUUUUGACAAGGGACAUAGAUGGGCUCAGAGCAGCAGAAAGGAGGUGGUCUACCACCUUAAUAGAUGUCCUAGCUUCUAAACAAGAGCAAGGGGCCACUCCCAGCCACACUCUCUGCCCAGGCUCCUUCCCUCUCCAAAUAGCUUCCUCAGAGCCAGAUACUUCCAUCAAGCCUGUUGCUCCUAUCAAGAGGCUGCUGGUCAUUUUCCCCAUGCCUUCCCCUUGGCUGAUGUGGAGGGGGCCCUUCCUUGGUCCUCUCUGACCCUGGGUUCCCUGUAGGGUCUCUUACCCCUUUGUCAGAUUUCUCUGAGCAGAGGAACUUGGUCAUCCCCCUCCCCAACUUUGGGACUCUUCAGAGAGUCCUGGUCUCUGUUUCUGAGGAAAAGCCAGCCUGCCCAUUUGUUCACAAAGAUUUUUGUGACUAGCCAGUACAUAUAUAUAACAGGUCAGAAGAAAAGACUGUAAAGAUAAAGUUAACCCUAAAGCUAACACACAGAAAAAAACAUCUCUACGUGUUUUUUGCAUAUGGAACUGAAGGAACCAACACUCCAGUCCUUCCAGUCUUUGGAGAUGGAGAGUGAUUAUUUUAAAGAUGGGUGGGUUCAAA